CGAACCUCGUGCUGGUUGUUUCACUGAAGAGCACAGCAGUCGCUUGGAGAGCGGAGCUGUGCGCUUCCUCCUCCAGCUUUACUUCACCUCCUGGAACUCCAAACGGACAGAAGGAGAGAACCAUGAUUUCCUUCAUGUUUGUGCUCCUCCUCGUUCCACGUGUGUUGUUCUCCUCGACACAUAUGGCAGUGAUCUCCCCCCAGGAUCCCUUUCUGCGGAUUGGCUCCAGCCUGACAGCCACGUGCACACUGAGCCCUGAGCUCGGCCUGCACGCGAGCACCUCGUACUGGACGCUGAACGGAGUGCGUCUGUCCAGUAGCACCUACAGUGUGGUGUCCUCCAGCGUCCUCAGUGUCACCCUUCAUGGCCUCAAUGGAUCGCAGCAGCAGUCCGGAGACAACCUGGUGUGUCACGGAGCGGAUGGACACGUCCUGGCUGGUUCUUGCCUCUACGUGGGCAUGGCUCCUGAAAAGCCCGUCAAUUUAACAUGUUGCUCCCGAAACACGAAGGACUUGAGCUGCCAGUGGAGCCUAGGUGGGCAGGGUGAGACCCACAUCCCAACCAAAUACACCCUCAAGUACAAAUUGAGAUGGCACGGGAAAGAGAAGGAGUGUGAAAAUUACAGCACAGGAAACCAGCGUUACUCCUGCUACAUCCCCCGCAAUAUCGCCCUCUUCACUCCAUAUGAGAUUUGGGUGGAAGCAACCAAUCAGCUUGGCUCAGCUACCUCUGACAUCACCACCCUGGACAUCCUCGAUGUAGUGACUACAGACCCUCCUGCCAACGUGCAGGUCAGUCGCGUCGGUGAUCUUGAGGACCAGCUGACGGUCCGCUGGGCCAGCCCCCCGGAGCUCAAGGACAUCCUGUUUCAGGCCAAAUAUCAGAUACGCUACCGACUGGAGGACAGCGCUGAAUGGAAGGUGGUGGAUGAUGUUGGUAAUCUAACAUCAUGUCGCCUGGCAGGCCUCCAGCCUGGGACGGUCUAUUUUGUCCAGGUGAGGUGUAACCCAGUGGGCAUCUUUGGCUCCAGGAAGGCUGGCAUCUGGAGUGACUGGAGCCACCCGACUGCUGCCUCCACACCCAGCAGUGAGCGGCUGCAGAGCGGCUCAUGUGAUCCUAAGACCGGUGAGCAGAACUCCACCCUGCGGCGGGAACUCAAGCAGUUCUUCGGCUGGGUCCGCAAGCAUGCGUACGGCUGCAGCGGCAUGUCAAUGAAACUGUACGAUCAGUGGAGGGUGUGGCUGCAGAAAUCACAGAAAUCUCGCAAGCAGGUAGAUUUUACAAGAAGAUAAUUCAUAGGACACACACUCAGCGUGACUGUGGCGUUUAAUUCAAGAUGUGCAUCAAGAAACACUGACAGAUAACUGGUCCAGAGGGUCCCUGCUGCGUGAGAGGUCCAACUCCCACCUGAGGGAUGCUGCAGUUUGUGCUCACGAGUUUGAUUUUUAAAAGGCCUAGGUGGGAGAUAACUGAACUGGGACAAUGCAGCCUUUUAUGCUGCUUCCACAGUCCAAACUUUAUAUGUCUGUUAGAUCUGUUUGCAAUAACACAUCAAUGCCUUCAAAAACUGCAAAUUUAUACUUGAAAGUGUUCAAACUUUUUUUUUUUUUUUUAACUGAAUGUAAGAAACACUUUUCUGGAAGCAGAUCAUAUUGUGCGAAAUUAACAUUUUAAUGGCAGUUCACGGCUUUCAUUUUCACCAUUAUAUUAGAAUGAGCACACAGUUCAAAGAACUAAAUGAAUUUGUGGCAUCAUGAAGGGGCAAAUGUCAGAAUACUGUUUCUUUUUUUUUUUCCAGUUGUUUAAAGUCUUGGUGGUUGAGUCCUUUUAACAUGUACACUAGAUUGACUCAAAAUAUUGUAGUUGCUUAUAUUUUUGUAAUCCAAGUGGAUAGUUUUCUGUCUAGCAUCUACUUUUUCUGUGCAUAAUGUAAAGUGUAGUACAAGUUGAUUUAUU